GCAGGGUUUCCGCUUCCGCCUUCUCCCUCCCGCUAGUCGUCGGAUCGCGGUCGCCGCCACAGCUGCCGCUGCGGGGCGCGGUGUCGGUGGGGUGGUUGGCUUGUCUUUCAACGUUGGUGUCCGUGCCGUUGAACUGCCCGCCAUGGCUGAACUAGAUCCGUUCGGCGCCCCCGCCGGCGCCCCGGGCGGCCCCGCGCUGGGGAACGGGGUGGCCGGUGCCGGCGAAGAAGACCCGGCCGCGGCCUUCUUGGCGCAGCAGGAGAGCGAGAUUGCGGGCAUCGAGAACGACGAGGCCUUCGCCAUCCUGGACGGCGGUGCCCCCGGGCCCCAGCCGCACGGCGAGCCUCCGGGGGGUCCGGGUGAGAGUGCGGGCGCGUUUGGGGCGGGAGGACUUGUGUAGAAACUUGGCCCAGGGUGGGUCUGAGGGCUCUGUGUAACUUGUUUUUUGCUGAACGGGGUGGAGGGUAAGGAAGAGUGCAAGGAGGAAACGAGACCCUGGCCCAGUCAUUGCAGAAACCUAGGUUCGGUGAGCCUACUCUGUCGUAUGAGUGUGUUUAAGUGCUCCUGGACGGGAUAGAGCGAGAAAGCAAAGAAAAUAGAGUACUUGUAAGGCUGACGAGCCUGAAGAAGCCGGUUCAGCUCAGGAACUUUUCAUUGAGCACUUGCUGUGCUUUGAGCCUGGCCUCUGAAACAUAGCCGCAUUGGCGCAGUUUGGCUAGACUUAAAGGCAAGUCUGAACCCAGCACAGAACCAGUUACUGGGAAAGGAAGGCAGAAAAAAUGAGCAUAGUGCUGUCGUUUUGGGGAUAUACACCGACAGAGGUGGCAAUACAGUUCAGCAUUUAAGGACUUCAGGGGUGUAGAGUUGGAUUAUGGGGACGAAAGGAGGCGUAAGUAGGGAACUCGAGGAAGGUGGCCUAGCCCUGGAGGAAGAAACUCCAGCCAAAGAAGGAUAAGAGUUUUACCAUUUAUCGGACGGAUUACAGCCAGGAUUUCUGGAGCUCUACUUCCUCUAGGAACAGCUUUGGUAAGCAGUGUUGCCUAAGCAGAAUUUAAGAUUAGCCUGGACUAGCCUUCCAAAAGGUGAAGAGAGAAUAUUGUGUGGCCUUUUCCCAGCCAGGAGUCUGGCAAAAACAAAACCAAAAAACGAGCCUUAGGAUGCCAGCCCGACCUUUGAAUGCCUUAGCUGUGGGUGAUGUUUGGAAUUAUGGUGGAAGGAAGAGAUGAGUGGAAGAGACCUUUCUAGUCAUAUAGGGAAAUAGGAAAUUAGCUGGAAGAAGUAAGACCUGGGUUUUCAUUUACUUAAAAAAAAAAAAAAAAAAAAGAAUUAAAGGAGAAUAGGGCACAGUAGGG